CUCGGCCUUAGGUUGACAGGCAGUUCUAGCCCGGCGCUGAGUUAGCGCGGCCCGGAGGGCUCGAGGGGCGCUCACUGGUUGCCGUGCCUGCCUCUCCCCGGCCCACCGUCCUCCUGGGCGCGGAGCCACUGAUCCUGGACCGUCGGCUUGGCCGUGGGGUCGGCGUCCGUUGGGCGUUGGCGAACCUGGGCGUUGUGAGGUUCUGCGCAGGGCACCGGGGCGCUCGGGACAAGGCAACCAGCCAGCUCCUGCUGGAGACAGACUGGGAGUCCAUUCUGCAGAUCUGUGACCUGAUCCGGCAAGGGGACACACAGUGAAGCGAAAUAUGCCGUGAAUUCUAUCAAGAAGAAAGUCAAUGACAAGAACCCACACGUGGCCUUGUACGCCCUGGAGGUUAUGGAGUCUGUGGUGAAGAACUGCGGCCAGACCGUUCAUGAUGAGGUGGCCAACAAGCAGACCAUGGAGGAGCUGAAGGAUCUGCUGAAGAGACAAGUGGAGGUGAGCGUCCGUAACAAGAUCUUGUACCUGAUCCAGGCGUGGGCUCAUGCCUUCCGCAAUGAGCCCAAGUACAAGGUGGUCCAGGACACCUACCAGAUCAUGAAGGUGGAGGGACACGUCUUUCCAGAAUUCAAAGAGAGCGAUGCCAUGUUUGCUGCCGAGAGAGCCCCGGACUGGGUGGACGCUGAGGAAUGUCACCGGUGCAGGGUGCAGUUUGGGGUGAUGACCCGAAAGCACCAUUGCCGAGCAUGUGGGCAGAUCUUCUGUGGGAAGUGUUCCUCCAAGUACUCCACCAUCCCCAAGUUCGGCAUCGAGAAGGAGGUGCGCGUUUGCGAGCCCUGCUAUGAGCAGCUGAACAAGAAAGCAGAAGGAAAGGCCACCUCAACCACCGAGCUGCCCCCCGAGUACCUGACCAGCCCCCUGUCUCAGCAGUCCCAGCUGCCGCCCAAGAGGGAUGAGACGGCCCUGCAGGAGGAGGAGGAGCUGCAGCUGGCCCUGGCGCUGUCCCAGUCGGAGGCGGAGGAGAAGGAGAGGCUGAGACAGAAGUCCACAUACACUUCCUACCCCAAGGCGGAGCCUGCACCCUCGGCGUCCUCCGCGCCCCCCACGAGCAGCCUGUACUCUUCACCUGUGAACUCAUCAGCUCCUCUGGCUGAGGAUAUCGACCCUGAGCUUGCACGGUACCUCAACCGGAACUAUUGGGAGAAGAAGCAGGAGGAGGCUUGCAAGAGCCCCACGCCGUCUGCACCUGUGCCCCUCACGGAGCCGGCCGCCCAGCCCGGGGAGGGACAUGCAGCCCCCACCAAUGUAGUGGAGAACCCCCUCCAGGAGACAGACAUGCAGCCCAUUCCUCCCUCUGGUGGCCCCUUUAGUGAGCCACAGUUCCACAACGGCGAGUCCGAGGAGAGCCAUGAGCAGUUCCUGAAGGCGCUGCAGAAUGCCGUCACCACCUUCGUGAACCGCAUGAAGAGCAACCACAUGCGCGGGCGCAGCAUCACCAACGACUCGGCCGUGCUGUCACUCUUCCAGUCCAUCAACGGCAUGCACCCACAGCUGUUGGAGCUGCUCAACCAGCUGGACGAGCGCAGGCUGUACUAUGAGGGGCUGCAAGACAAGCUGGCCCAGAUCCGCGAUGCCCGGGGGGCGCUGAGUGCCCUGCGUGAAGAGCACCGGGAGAAGCUUCGACGGGCAGCCGAGGAGGCAGAGCGCCAGCGUCAGAUCCAGCUGGCCCAGAAGCUGGAGAUCAUGCGUCAGAAAAAGCAGGAAUACCUGGAGGUGCAGAGGCAGCUGGCCAUCCAGCGCCUGCAGGAGCAGGAGAAGGAGCGGCAGCUGCGGCUGGAGCAGCAGAAGCAGACAGUCCAGAUGCGUGCGCAGAUGCCUGCCUUCCCCCUGCCCUACGCCCAGCUCCAGGCCAUGCCUGCAGCUGGAGGCGUGCUCUAUCAGCCCUCGGGACCUGCCAGCUUCCCCAACACCUUCAGCCCCGCAGGCUCAGUGGAGGGUUCCCCCAUGCAUGGCGUGUACAUGAGCCAGCCAGCCCCUGCUGCCAGCCCCUACCCCAGCAUGCCCGGCACUGCAGCAGAUCCCAGCAUGGUGAGCGCCUACAUGUACCCAGCAGGGGCCACUGGGGCGCAGGCGGCCCCCCAGGCCCAAGCUGGGCCUACCGCCAGCCCUGCCUACUCAUCCUAUCAGCCCACUCCUACAGUGGGCUACCAGAACGUGGCCUCCCAGGCCCCGCAGAGCCUCCCGGCCAUCUCUCAGCCUCCGCAGUCCAGCACUAUGGGCUACAUGGGGAGCCAGUCAGUCUCCAUGGGCUACCAGCCUUACAACAUGCAGAAUCUCAUGACCACCCUCCCGAGCCAGGACACAUCCCUGCCACCCCAGCAGCCCUACAUUGCAGGGCAGCAGCCCAUAUACCCACAGAUGGCGCCCUCCGGCGGUCCCCCCCAGCAGCAGCCCCCCGUGGCCCCGCAGCCACUGGCACAGGGGCCUCCAGCACAGGGCAGUGAGGCCCAGCUCAUCUCAUUCGACUGACCCAGGCCAUGCUCUUGUCCAGAGUAACACUACAGUUCACCCAAAACGCCUCGUCUCUAACUGCCGCCAUCCCGCCUCCCCAUUCUCUCCUUCCGCUAGUGUCCCUUCUCUGCGAGUGAGCGGGCCUUCACCCCAAGCCUGCCUCUCUCCCUAUCCUCAGCCCGCUGCAGUCCCUGAGUUGGUUUCUGCCUUCUUUCCCCAGGGCUGGGCCAUGGGGAGGGAAGAAGGGAGGGAAGUCCCCAUCCUGUGGGUCAUGGUCUGGAGAGGUGCCAGGAAUGGGGACUUUCAGCCCCCCACGCAGCCUGUGCCCUCUGGCCCCACUGUGAGCUGGCUGUGGUGUCUGGGUGUGGCCUGGGGUGCCCUCUGCAGGGGCCUCUCGGCUGCCACAGCCAAGGGUGGACGCUUCAGGUCUCCAGCUUCUCUGCUUCUCAGCUGUCAUCUCCAGUGCCCCAGAAUGGAACAGUGAUAAUAAAAUAUAUUUCAGAAAGCA